GUGGAUAAAGGGACCAAAAUAGAACUCCAAAGGAAGACAUUGGUGGGAGAGUAAGGUAAGGAUGAGCUUAGGACACUCUUCUUCAACUCUGUGUGGAAGCCAUUAAUUCCUCCUCUUUAUCUCUCAAUCUCCCAUGGCUUCUCUGGUUUGCCUUCCCCUCCCAAAGCUAAGCAUUGUUAGGGCUUCUUCUUCUUCUUCUUCUUUUUCUUCUUCCCUCUCUCCUUCUGCAACUUCCCCUUUACCCGCCGAUUCUCUCAACGACAAAUUUGGCCGCAAGGGCAUCCACUUCCACCAGUCUAAUGGCAUUCCCACCGUCGACCUCACCGUCCGCAACGGCAGCUCCUUACGCCUCCACAUCUCCGAUGCCCAUAUCACUUCCUACAAACCCAAAGUCUAUUGGAAGGACGACGGCUUCGAGGAAGUUCUCUUCACUACUCCCGCCGCUAAUGGCGGAAAAGGAGGAAUUGGCCUUGUGAUCAACGAUGCGUCCAAUUCAGCCUCUAAAUCCUCUCUUCUUCCCACUUCUGAUUGGACCGUCAAAGAUGUCGAUUCCGAUGCCAUUGAUGCUCUCCAGGUGGAGUUGAGCUGCAGUAGCAAGCAAAUGGAGAUUACUUACAUUGUCACUCUCUAUUCCGAAAGUAUGGCGACGGCUGUGAUUGUGAAGAACACGGGACCAAAGCUGUUGUCGCUAAACAGCGCAAUACUGAGUCAUUUCAAGUUCAAACGACGAGAUGGGGCAGCAAUCCAGGGGCUUGAAGGAUGCUCCUACUGUUCUCUCCCCCCAUUAUCUUCCCCUUUUGAAAUACUGUCUCCGACAGAAGCAAUGAAGGCAGAGGACCCCGAUUGGUUCUCGUUCGGCUCUGAGCCUCAAGAAAAGGCAGGUUCGUGGAGCCUCCAAGAUGUGCCCUUUACCAUCUUGAAGAACAAGUUCAGUAGAGUUUAUGCCGCACCACCAGCAGAGAGGUCGAAGCCUGUAUAUCACACCACACCUUCGAAGUAUGAGACUCUUGAUCAGGGACGAGAGCUGUUCUUCAGGGUGAUAAGAAUGGGGUUCGAAGACAUAUACUUACAAAGCCCUGGUUCAUUAUCUGACAAGUUUGGCAAAGACUACUUCAUAUGCACUGGCCCUGCUUCCAUGUUAGUUCCUGUCACAGUCAAACCUGGUGAACAAUGGAGGGGCGCCCAAGUUAUUGAGCAUGAUAACUUGUAAUGUAUUAUUUCCUCUUUAAUCUUCAUAUUUUUACCCAAAUUCAUUAUCAAAUGAACACCUGAUCAAGUACAAGUAGCAGCUAAAAUAUUUACAUAUGCUCCUCUAUUUUCGAGAACUUGGUGUACGAGCUUCUUUGUUUAUACAAUAAAUCCACCGACUUCCCAA